AUGGAGUUGCUCAAGUUACUUAUUUUGGCAGUUUUACUAAUUAAUUCUAGUGCAUACAAAAUUCUGGUUGUUGUUUCCUUGCCUGGGAAGAGUCAUGGGAUUUUAGGGGAAGGUAUUGUUCGGCAUUUAAUCAAUGCUGGUCAUGAAAACCUUCUGAAGGAUACUAACCAAACCUUUGACGUUCUUUUAAUAGAAUAUACUUAUCAAGACUUAAAUGCUGGAUUCUCAGCUGUGUACGACUGUCCUUAUAUCUGGUUUUCCCCACUAGAACCUCACUGGAUGGUGCUCAGGUUGAUAGAUGAGCUUCCCAACCCAGCCUAUGUGUCUGACUCUGCUUCUAAUAAUGCUCCUCCGUUGAACUUUAAAGAAAGAGUGAAGGAAUUAUUCAAUCAAAUUAAUGGAAUCCUCUUGAAAAAAUACUACAUAGAAUCUCUAGAAAAUAAAUAUUACGACACCUAUAUCGUUCCACACGUUCGAAGUAGGAACAGACCAGUUCCAAGUCUGACUGAACUAAAAUAUAAUGCCUCAUUAAUGCUGGGCAAUUCACACGCAUCCUUGGGUGAAGCAACCAGGUUGCCGCAAAGCUACAAGCCCAUUGGUGGAUACCAUAUUGAGAAAAAUGUGAAACCACUUCCUGAUAAUCUGAAGAAAUUAAUGGAUAACGCUGAACAUGGUGUGAUCUACUUUAGUAUGGGAUCUAAUCUUAGGAGUGACACUUUACCAGAAAAGACGAUUCAGAACUUAUUGAAAAUAUUUGGUGAAUUAAAGCAAACUGUAAUAUGGAAAUUCGAAAGAGAUUUACCGAAAAGACCUAAAAACGUACAUAAUACACAUUGGGCACCACAACAGGGCAUUCUUGCACAUCCAAAUUGCCUCUUCUUCAUCUCUCAUGGAGGUCUUUUAUCAACUACUGAAGCAGUACACUUUGGAAUUCCAAUGAUAAUAAUCCCAGGGAUGGCGGACCAAUACGUCAAUGCAGAUAGGGCGGUAAGAAAAGGAUUCGCGAUUCAAGUCGACUUAUCAUUCAGUAUGGACGUUGACUUGAAUCGAGCUAUCCAGGAAAUGUUGACUGAGCCCAAGUACAAGGUAAAAGCCAAAGAAGUAUCCUUAAUAUACCACGAUCGUCCCGUCUCUCCUGAAGUAGAAUUGGUCCACUGGGUGGAGCAUGUAGUGAGGACACAAGGCGCGCCGCUUCUACGCUCUCCCGCGCUUAUGAUGCCCUGGUACCAGAAAUGCUAUCUCGACCUAUUUGCUAUCCUAGUAGUUUUUACGGCAAUUGUCUUAAUUUUAAAAACAAUAUGCAAAAUGGGUUCCCGAAAAUCGUAUUAUAAUAAGAAAAAUAAAUAA